AUGACGCCCAAUAGCGCGCGAGAUGCUCCAUCCUUGCCCGAGCGUGUGGAGAUCGCGGGGCGCGAGAUCGACCCUGAGGACGACUACGACUACGGGUACGAGGACGAGGGCGACGCGCCUCCCGUGCCCACCAAGAAGGUGCCCACCGGCACCGUCUACGAGGCGGCGCGCGCCGGGGAUGUGGAUCGGCUGACGUGGCUGGUGCACGAAGAAGGCGUGGACGUGAACGCGCGCGACCGAUGGGACUCCGUGCCGCUCUAUUAUGCUUGCCUUGCUGGCCAUCUGGAGGCGGCGCGCGUGCUGCUGGAGGCGGGUGCGAUCUGCAGCGAGCACACGUUCGACGGGGACAGGUGCCACUACGCCGCGCUCACGCUCCGCAUCCGCCGCCUGCUCAAGCGCUACGAGAUGCGCCCGCCGCCCUUGGACCCGCUGCCCAAGGCCUUCAAAGACCUCCUCGACGCCACCGCCGCCAAAGCCGACGCCCUCUCCCCUUCCGCCGGCGCCCCUCCCGGCCCCCCGUGCGUCCCCGUGGCACUGCUAGACCCGCGCGACCCGUUGGCGCCCGACAUCGCGUUCCACAUCGACGGGCGCGUCGUGCUCGCGCACAAGCCCGUGCUCGCCGCGCGCUCCGACUACUUCGACCUCGCCUUCGCCUCCAAGUGGCGCGACAGGUCCGAGGUGUUUCUCGCCAACCCGCGGCUGACACAUGGCGCGCUGGCGGCGCUGCUGGGGUUCGUGUACUCGGACCGCCUGGACGUGCCCGUGGCGGGGCUGCCCGACCUGGUGCGCGCAUGCCGCGCCGCCAAGUGCGGGGCGGGGCUGGUGCGGGCUGUGGAUCGGGAGCGCGUGCACGACAAGCUGGCACAGCACAAGGUGCCGCCAAGGCGCGCACUGGGGCUGAGGUGGCGAGGCAGGGCGGCGAGGGCCAGGGGAGCGGGCGAGGGAGAGCUUGUGAACGGGGAGGUGGCAGCAGGUGCCGGAGAGGGGAGGGGGGAUGCGGAUGGUGGGGCGGGCGAGGGGGAGGGGACGGCCGAGGGAGAGGAAGAGGAUGGGCGCAGCGAGCGAGGGCGAGAGAGGGCGGGGGAGGAGGAGGAUGAGGCACAGCGGCGGUUUAUCCUGACGGCGGCAUCGCUGCCCGAGGAGGAGAGACUGGCUGGCGGCAUGCAGCGGCUGCUAGCGCGGUGCAUGGUGAGGUCUGACACGAGGGCCAUGGACACUGAUGAUGGGGAGGGUGCAGAGGGGUAUGGGGAACCUGGGGGGGAAUGUGCGGAUGGGGGGGAGGGAGAGGUGGGCGGUGGGGGACUGGUGGGCGGGGAUGGUGCAGAAGGUGAGGCGAGAAGGAAGGUGCGGUUUGGCACAGUUGAGUCGAGCGGUGAUGAGGGCCGCGAGUGGGCGAGGGGAGAGGACGAGGAGUGGAGGGGAGAGGGUGCGGAUGGCGGGGCAGGUGUGGGGGUGCAUGCGUGUGGCAGUGCCUCUGAGCCGGAUCACGCAGACUGCUGCUUCUCCGUGGCGGGGUGUGUGUUCCGCUGCCACCGCGUGGUCAUGGCGGCGCGCUGUGACUACUUCAGAGUGCUCUUCGUGCGCCAGGCAGUGCAUGCACACUCACCACCACACUCCUCAUCCGCAGCAGAGGGACAGCGGGGUGGGACGGCAGCAGUGCUGCUGGGAGAUGGCGGGGCUGUGCUGCCGUGCUUCCACCUGCCUGACCUCACCCCCUACGCCUUCCACAAGAUCCUCGAGUUCAUCUACACGGAUCGCAUCCACCACAUUGCUGUCAGCCAGGCCAUGGACGUGAUCGAUGCAGCAGCGCGCUUCCUGCUCUUCCCACUCAAGCGGGCCGUGGCAGACGCCCUCAUCCCGCACCUGCACUCUGCUGACAUGCCCUCGCUCUGCCAUUGGCUGCUCGCUGCUGACAUGUACGGAGUGUGGAAGCUGAGGGAGCACGUGCUGGACGUCAUGGCCGCCAACUUUGACGCCUUUGCCGCCUGCCCUGCCUUCCGUGCCAUGCUCGCACGCCUGCCCCCUCCCUCGGGCAAUGACUCUGUGCGCACCACUGCACCCUCAUUGCACGGCGAGCAAGUGCCCACGCCCGUGGGGCAAGCAGCAGGGGGUGCAGGGGGCGAUGGAGUGGGCGGGGUGGAGAGCAUGAACGUGCUGGACGAUUUGCGGGAGAAGUGGCUGGAGCUGGAGGGAGCCGAGUUAGAGGAGAGGGACGCCAGUGCUGCUGAAUUUGACAAGCGCCUUGAGACGCUUGCAGCCUUGGCACUUGACUGGGUUGCGCUGGCGGAGCUAUGGAUGCGCAGCUACUGUCCGCCCAUGGACGCCGCUCUCAUGCACCAGCUCGCCGCGCGCACAGUCUCGUCGCUCGCCGCACCAUCCGUCAAUGGCGCCACGGGUUCUUCAAGUGCAAUCACCGCAAGCUCUUCGGAAGAGUCGCAUGGCGCGGCGGUCGCAGGGCAGGUGCAGCUCGAGCUGGCGGCGCUUUUGGGGGGGGAGGUGCCGCGAGGGGAGGCGACGAUCGGUGAGGAGGAGGGAACGGGGCGCGGAUGCGAGAGCGUGGAGAAGCACUGCCUGCAGUCGCUGGUUGACAUCCACGUGUCGCACGGCCGAUGCCGGUGUGCCAUCUCUGUCACGCCUGAACUAGUGAAUCGGUACAACACGCUGCACGGAGGAGCCAUUGCCACGCUCACAGAUGUCGUGACGUCAGCAGCGCUGAUAGCGGCGGUGGGGCCGCCAGGGGGCGUGUCAACGGACCUGAGCGUGGCGUACCUCGACGCCGCCAAGCUGGGGGAGGUGGUGGAUGUGGAUGCCUCUGUGCUGCGCGUCGGCAAGUCCCUUGCCUUCCUGCAGGCUCUAUUCCACCGGCGCAGCGACGGUGUGCUGCUGGCAGUGGGGCGCCACACCAAGUUCCUGGUGGGGCCGCAACGGCAGAGCAGGGCGCCGGUGAGGAGCGCAGGGGGGCAGGCAGACCCGCAAGCUCACCAGGGUGGUGAUGCAGGCAAGCAGGGCGAUGGCAGUGCUGGCAGCAUGGCGGUCAGAGGGGAGGCACCUCUGGAUGCUGGGCUGGCAAGUCAACCCACACUGCAAUCCAGACUAUGA